AUGUACUUCUUUCCAUUUACACGUGUGUUACAGUACAAGAGAGAAACUGCUAAACAGUCGCUACAUUACAAAGAGAAAGCAACAUGGAGAUGCACUUUUCAACGAUGGUGAUAUUAGCAGGUUGGAUCAUUUUUGGAGGCACAUCAGAGAGUCCACACACCACAGCACUAUCUGAACUGUCCAAUACUGCAACAACAUCUUUUACAACGACAGAGACACAUUUUUCAACAGCACCUCUGAUGUCAAACUCAAUAUCAGCCGAUGCCAGUGUGGGACAAACAACAAAUGAACCUACAACGGUUGACCAUACUCAAACUGAAUUGUCAUCAAUUGUGAAAUCCACCACAUUCAAUACAAACUCAUUAUCAGUCCCAACAUCAAAUGCAGCCUCCACCAGCAAUUAUUAUUCCUCUCCAGAAAGUAUGAUCACCAGCUCACCCAAUGAGAGCAAUGCAUCGACCACACUAACAUUGAGUCCGGAGACUGCAACUCAAAGCUUUAAGACUGAAAGUUCUGCCGGCACUGCGACAAGAACAUCUUCUGCGAGUCAAACCUCGAAUACGGCUACUCAAACUACUGUAAGAGUUAUUUCUAAUGCCACAACUAUAACUAGGCCUGCUUCAACGAUAAUUACAACCAAACUGGUGGCCUCUACUUCUAUAGCGUUAGCAUCAACUAAGCCACCAUCGUCAACCACAAGUCAAAUAACAACAGCAGAAGAAAAAAACACAUCAAGGCUGGAAACGAAGGAUCGAGAUGCCCUGAGCUCAGGAAAUGUAGCUGCCAUCGUCAUUGGCUUCAUUGCCAUUGUAGUAAUACUUCUUGGUGGGGCAUACUACUUAAAAAUUCGACGGUCAAAUUAUGGACGGCUUUUGGACGACACCGACCAACAUUCUGUGGGGAAUUAUCAUAACCCAAUGUAUGAUGGCUAAAUGAGGAAGUAUUUACAGUAUGAGGAAACAACUCAGUGAUUCAUUUCUGAGGAAGAACCUACAAUGACUUUUAGUAAUGAAUGUGCUAAUAUCAGAUUCUGUAUGAAAAAUAUCCACUUCAGACUGAAAAUAGAUAGAUCACUGGUCAGAACCAUCAACUCUCAGAAUGUUGGCAAGACUAAUUGUUUCAUAAAAGUAUUAUGAUGAUUGUUUUGGGGGAUUAAUCAAAGGGAAGUUUGGUGUGAUUUUUAAAGAAAUGUCAGUUUUUUUUUUGUUUGUUUGUGAAAUCAAUGUAGUCUUAACAUGCAUGACCAUAUUGUCUAAGGUAUAGUUGACUGAUUGUUGGUUUGUUGGUUUUGCACAAAAUGUUCACAUCAUGAUCAUAUUUGUUUUUUCUUUAAAGACCCAUGAAAGUCUAAUGUUUUGUUGCUAGUGGUAGUGUACUCCUGCAAGUUUACAAAAACAAACCUGUGGCAUACGGUAUAUAGGCAUUGAUAUUUUACAGUAUUUAUUUUCCAGGAAAAAAAGAACAAAAAUAUUGAUGACUCAUUCUGCACUCACAGGCAUAACAAAUACAUAAAAAAAAAUAAAAAAUAAAUCUUGUUUAAAAUUUUAAGUCUUGUCAACUUGAGAUGGAAAGUUGCUAAAAACAGCAUACAGUUGAAAAAUGAAUACAACUUAAUGCAUGAGCAUAGUCUCUUUUUAAGUAAACUCAACUUUCUUAUGUUAAUCAACUUCAACAUAAUUUAGUUCAAACUGAAUACUGAAGUUCAACUUUUUUUUAUCUUUAAUUAAUCGUAUUGAUAACCACAACAGUAGUUUUUAGGGGAUAUUUACACUUUGUCACAUCAUGCAUUUGGCUGAUCGGAUUGCUAUCCGAUCAUGAAAAGACCAGGUGUAAAUGCCCUCCAUGAAGGAUUUGAGAUGGAACAAUGCUGUCCUAAUAAAGUGCCCAAGUGCUGUUGUAGCCCAUUUGCCACAAGGUUCGAUGUGUUGUUCGUUCUGAGAUGCCAUUCUCCUCACUACAAUUGUACAGAGUGGUUAUCUUAGUUACCGUAGCCUUUCUGUCAGCUCAAACCAGUCUGGCCAUUCUCUGUUGACCUCUCUCAUCAACAAGUGAUUUCCAUCCACAACACUGCCGCUCACUGGAUGUUUUUUGUUUUUGGCACCAUUCAAAGUAAAUUGUAGAGUCUGUUGUUCGUGAAAAUCCCAGAAGAUCAGCAGUUACAGAAAUACUCAAACCAGCCCAUCUGGCACCAACAAUCAUGCCACAGUCGAAAUCACUGAGAUAAUUUUUUUCCCCAUUCUGAUGGUUGAAGUGAGUUUUUACUGAAGCUCCUGACCUGUAUCUGCAUGAUUUUAUGCAUUUCACUGCUGCUUCAUGAUUGCCUGAUUAUAAAAUUGCAUGAAUAAGUAUAUACCUCCAAAGGUGGUUUGAGACAGUAACAGCUGCAGUUUUUGCAUAGGGCUCAAACUGCGCAUUAAAUUAUGACAUUGAAAUUAACGAAUGGACGUUGUAGGAGACACAUAACUUUUUUCUUUAUUGAUAUGAAGCAAAUUAUAUUUUUGAUUUCAGCUGAAUAUUUUUUCUAAGUUUGACAAUUUAACACAAGUCAAGUCUUGGACAAUUGAGUUUACUCAACAAAAUCAAGGUUUAAGUUAUGAUUUAAAAAAGGCUAAAUAAUUUUUACAGAGAAUGAGAAAGAUUCUCCCCCUAAUGACCCCCUUCCUCAAUAGAAAUGAGCAAAAUGGGGUUUAAGCUGUUGGCUGCUUAAAAAAGCAGCCUUCCGAUAUGGUCUGCCCCAAAUUCCUAAUUCAAUAGGAAAUAUGCCAACACAGGAGUGGAAUCUGUGCCAGUCAAGCCAUAUCAUUGGGUCUUUCAGCUGUAAGUAUGAAACAAAUCCCAUAUAACAUCACUGUAUUCCGCACAUCUUAAACAAUCACUUGCUCUCAUUGUUGGUUUCUCAGAUUGACCCUAUCAUAUCCCAUAAUUACAGCUCUUCCCUUAUCUGUGCCCUCUCACCUUUCAUCUGAAGACAACGCAACGAUUGCAUAACAUAUCUUUAGAUUUAGCCAAUAACAGAUGCAUCUGAGUUUUGUCCCCUUGUCAAUGUAAUGACAGGGACCCACAAACAGCAUCCAAUUAAGCAUUUAUACAGUCAAAACUGCUAUUUAGAGACUUAAAAAUAAGCCAGCAUGCAAA